GAAGAGGUAGCCGAAGCAGUCACGGCGGAUGUAAACAACACACAGCGGACGAGGGUGGAGUUUAGGAGCGAAAUCCGUCUCCAUCCUGAUGGUUUGGACCAUCACCACCGCGCAGACACCGAGAACUUAAACGACGCGCUCCACACUGUCGGAUCAUAUGGUUAUUGUAGUUCAUCGUUCCUCAGAAAGACGAGGAAGGAAUGGUGACAUUUGGAUUGUUACAGAAAUAACUGGCACUCGGGGGGGUGCUAUAAACCAGCCCGGAGAAGGUGAAAUGUUUGCCGAGGUGUUUUCAACGAGAGGUUAGAAGCUGAACACUGGAUACAGAACAAUAAGAGAAAUGGAGCUGAGAGUCGGGAACCGAUACCGACUGGGCAGGAAGAUCGGAAGUGGAUCUUUCGGGGACAUCUAUUUGGGCACAGAUAUUUCAGUUGGUGAGGAGGUUGCAAUUAAGUUGGAAUGUGUAAAGACCAAACACCCCCAACUCCACAUCGAGAGCAAGAUCUACAAGAUGAUGCAAGGAGGAGUGGGGAUUCCAACAAUAAAGUGGUGUGGAGCAGAAGGUGACUACAAUGUGAUGGUGAUGGAGUUGCUGGGGCCCAGCUUGGAGGACCUCUUCAACUUUUGCUCUCGCAAGUUCAGCCUCAAGACAGUCCUGCUGCUUGCUGAUCAAAUGAUCAGUCGCAUUGAGUACAUUCACUCCAAGAACUUCAUCCACAGAGAUGUCAAGCCUGACAACUUCCUGAUGGGACUUGGCAAAAAGGGCAACCUGGUCUACAUCAUUGACUUUGGCCUGGCUAAAAAAUAUCGUGACGCUCGCACACAUCAACAUAUCCCCUACCGAGAGAACAAGAAUCUGACUGGCACCGCGCGCUACGCUUCAAUCAACACACAUCUUGGCAUUGAGCAGUCAAGGCGAGAUGACCUGGAGUCCUUGGGCUAUGUUCUUAUGUAUUUUAAUUUGGGCUCCCUGCCUUGGCAAGGCCUCAAGGCUGCUACCAAGAGGCAAAAGUAUGAACGGAUCAGUGAGAAGAAAAUGUCCACCCCCAUUGAGGUGCUUUGCAAGGGAUAUCCCUCCGAGUUCGCAACCUACCUGAACUUCUGUCGCUCCCUGCGCUUCGAUGACAAACCGGACUACUCGUACUUACGGCAGCUCUUCAGGAACCUGUUUCACAGACAGGGCUUCUCUUAUGAUUACGUCUUUGACUGGAACAUGCUUAAGUUUGGAGCCAACCGUGCAGCAGAGGAAGCGGAGAGAGAGCGCCGGGACCGUGAAGACAGACUGAGGCAUGGCAGGAACCCAGGGGCCAGAGGAAUUCCAGCUGUAUCAGGAAGACCCAGAGGAAUUGAGGACGGAGCUCCGCCUACCCCGCUAACACCAACCUCACACACAGCAAACACGUCCCCUCGACAGGUGUCUUGUAUUGAGCGUGAACGAAAGGUCAGCAUGCGACUGCACCGUGGCGCACCUGUCAACGUGUCAUCCUCAGACCUAACAGGACGGCAGGACGACUCCCGCAUGUCCACCUCGCAGAAUAGCAUUCCCUACGAGCAUCACGCUACCAAGUAGAUGCUCGCCAUGUCCUUGUGUGACAGCAGCAACACUGGAUGGUGUCCGGUGCACUGCCCGCUAGUCUCCAUCUUCUAGGUCCUCGAUGAGCCCCACACAACUCGGCAGACCACGCCCUGCUCACUCAGAAGCAAUCCGACAAACCAAUAUUACUACCACUCCUUACAAACUACUGCAGCUACCAGUGGAAGCCAGUGUCAGACUUGGCAGAAACUGCCCUAAAUGACUGCUCUCCGUACAGUUGCCUCCUUCAGAAUCUUGUACACCAUCUCUGUCUCAUCUUCUUUUCCAUUUCCGUUGGUCUGACCUUUCCAAACAAUAAAGCAAAUUGGACCCCAGAACGCUUCUAGUCCACCUUUUCAGGAAACAUUUCUCAGACUCCCCCCACCACUACCACCAGAUUCCAUAAGGGUAGUGGUUUGUCCAGGGAAACAUGGUAACCCAGCCAUCUUUUCUUGGAUCAAUGAAACAACGGCUCCUUCUGUGGAAGCAUUCUAAUUGCAAGUUCAUACCCGACCAUAAAAGAGCUUUUCUCCUUUAUCUUGCAGCAACGUGUAUCAAGCUGAAACUGCAGCCUGUGAUCCAUUUUAUUAGUAUUUGCAUUUUUCAUUCCUUCACACACAUACAUUUUCUUGUUUUUGACAAUUCCAACCACUGAUGGGUCUAUAGCCAUUUGUAUUUUAUAAAAAUAAACUACUUCUCUGCAUGUUUAAGCGGUGAGCCUACAGAGCCUGGUCUUGGUAUCUUGGAUGCUGACGUUUUGUUGGAAAGAUUUUCAGUCUUCAGCCCUGGGCUCUGGUUCACUGUCCAACAAGCCCUGUGUUCUUUACAUAAAACGUAUGGGUGCAAGGGCAUGAUCUGACAUACCAAAUGUCCAUUCACCGUGUACAGAAGUUUCUAAUUUUUGUUAUUUGUAUUAUUUGAAUCUGUUAGGUACUUAUUCUGAUAUAACAAGUACAAGUAAGUAAUGUUUCAUAUUGUUUUCAGUGACCUCUAAGGAUGCGCCUUAACACAGCUCUUCCUGUCAAUAUCAGAGCUUCAGAGAUCUUGCACCAAUGUUGCAAACUGCAACAUUUUCAGGGUAUUGAUAAUGCAUUCUUCAUGAAUCCUCUCAAACACUUACCGAAACUUGUUCGAUACUCCUGACUGUGAUGAACAGCUAUGCCAUGUCUUGUCAGAAUGAAAUGGCCCAUUGAAAUUCUCAUUUUAGAAAUAGUUACUGAUUUUUAUCCCUAUUUUUAGCCACUCUACACCUAUAUAAUUAUGUGCACAGCCAUAUUCAUUUAUAUUUGAGUGCUAAAUAAAUGAAUAACUUGUCCAUUUUAUUGUCACAACUUUAUGGUGGCUUUGAAACUGUUCAAAUCGAGACAGUAGAACCUCAAGAGUGCAAAAAUACUACCAUUGGCAUAUAUGAGGUUAUAAGGUCUCACAGCCAACAAUGUAUAUCAAAUCUAAAACCAUCAAGCAAGGUCAAGAGCUGCUUCCAGAGUUGAGACGGCAUUGUGUCCGAUUGAUCUGGAAAAGGCCAUCAAAAAUUCUGCUGUAUUAAAGGCACUAAGAGCCACUGUGGCCUCUUCAAUUUUUGAAGGAAGAAAGAAGUCCAGAACUAUGUGGACACUUGUAUAGAGCUGACCACCUGGCCAAACUGAGCUGGCAGUAGGAGAAGGUCCUUGGUAACAGGAACUAGAUGGUCAUUCUGGCCAAGUAUCAGAGAUAAUGUUUGUAUGGGGGGGGGGGGGGGGGGCAGCAGGACAACAAAAUCUCUUUAAACUCCGACAUGAUGCUUAAAAUUAAGGCUAAGGAGUUUAAUCUUGGUUUCACCAGACCAGCGGAUUUUAUUUCUUAAAGUCAGUGAUUCAUUCAGUUGCUUUUUACAUCUGUCCAUCAGAUAGGUUGAUUGCUUCAGUGAUACAUGUCCAAUCUCCAAAGGGUCUCUGAAGUUCAGCCACAGUGACCAUUGGGUUCCUGUCCCGAUUGCACAGUGUGGCCUGGGCAGCCAGCUCUGGGAAGAGUCUUCCAUCCAUUAAAGAAUUAGGGAGGUCACUGAGCUUCCCCAGACCCGUGCCAUAAAGGAAUCCUGUCUGGGAACUCUGCAGACGGAUCUUUCACCUCAUGUUAUGGUUUUUGUUCAAGUAUGCACUGUAAGCUGUGUGCCUUUCCAAAUCAUGUCCAAUUUUCCACUCCAACCAAGGUGUAGACACGCCGCUAAGACGAUCAAGAGAAAUCAGAGCUAAAUUUCAAGUGUCUGAAUACUUAUGUCAAUGUGAUAUUUCACUUUUUCCUUUCAAUAAAUAUGCAACAUUUCUGCUUUCA